UAAGUGAAAAUGUUGGCCUUCAGAACUUGACCAAUUUAAUUAUGCUUGGAGUUGUGUUCAAUCCUUUAGCUUGCGAUUGUGACUUGGUGUGGUUUCGUAACUGGAUUAACCAAACCAAUGUGAUAUUUGUGGAUCUCGAGCACGGUACGUGUAAAAACCGGAAUGGAAUCAGUCUAAUUAGUUUUGAUGCGAACUCUCUAAAAUGCUAUAAUAUUACAAUAAUUGCUGUGAUUAGUACCUGUAGUUCAGUUGCGUUCUUAGUCGCUGUUUCUAUACUCAUAUACAUGUUCCGGUGGGAUAUUAGAUACUGGAAUCAGCGGCGGCUGCUCAAAAAACAGUACGAGAGGUUACAAGACGAGGGUCCGCCACUAGUCGACGGCAUACAGAUUCGAUAUGACGCGUUUGUCUCCUACAACAGCAAAGACGUUGAUUGGGUACUCAAGUCAGCCCUACCGACAUUGGAAGGCCCCGAGUUCAACUUUCGUCUCUGCGUUGACUUCCGAGAUUUUCUAGUCGGUGAAGCAAUCGCUGACAAUAUUUCUGAUGCUAUUAAGUACAGUCGUAAAAUGUUGAUAGUUGUCACCAAGAACUUUGCUAAAAGUGAAUGGUGUUACUUUGAAAUGGAAAUGGCAAAGACCCGUAUGUUUGACACUCACGAGGAUAUUUUUGUGGUUGUAAUUUUAGAGCAUGUAGCGAGUAGAAAGAUGCCAACAUUACUUCAGAAGAUCUUAAGAAAGAAGACUUACAUAGAAUGGACUGAAAAUCCAGAUGGGCAGAAGGUUUUUUGGACACGGUUGGCAGCAGCUUUGAAUACUCCGAAUGUUCACCACGAUCGUCUUAUAACCUAAAAGGUUCUAUUUCAGAAUAUCAAACGUUGAUGUAAGAAUGCUAGCGAAGAAAAAAAUGGAAAGUCACGCGCCUACUCUUUCGCAAACAUUUAAUUGGAUUUUUAGCUAAAGCUCGAAAAAUUGAUUAUUGUCCAUAUUUUUCAGCUCAUCACAGUUAAUACUACUCUCCAUAUACAUCACUUCGGUUAUCAAUAUAAAAAUUAUCAAACUCAAACAUUUUAUGUUUUUCAUUCGCUAUGAAACGUUGGCUUUAAAGCGCCCUCGAAAACGUGAGUUCGUCUUUAUAACUACUAAAACAGGUUUGUAUUUAUUUCUAAACAAAGAAACAAAAUAUAUUUCGUUCAUGUUUUUUGCUUUUCACUUAGUCAAAUCAAUCCCAUUGUACAGUAAUUCACUUUGUCAAUAAAUUGUCUUGAUUUAACAGGCAUUUUUAUUUCAAUUAAUAAUCGUGAGUUUUAUUGUCAAGAACACUAAGCCUACCUGUAUGUCGGUGGUAUAGAUACUAAUACUACAGUGUUAUGUCACGAUACCGCGUGAUACUUCUCCGUUGCUAUCGUUGCAAAAAGCAUUCAACCGGGCGCCAUUUUCGCCACUGACAAACUAAUAUAAUGCGAACAUUUGUGGUUUUAAUACAUUUUGAUGGUAAAAUAUUAGAUUUCAAAAUGCCUAUUCCAGAAAUCCUAUGAAGUCGUUCAGUCGUAAUGAACGGUAAUCAACGUCUGUUGAAAACAGAGAGCGCCACCUGGCGUCGUGUCGACUGUAAUCAUCCCUUACUACAAUGGUAAAACAAAGGAUCAAAUACAGUUUGUGUCCGACAAUUAAAAAUAAGAUUUUCGUUUUAACGAAGGGACACAAAUUCCACUGUACGUGUAAACAACCUAUGCUAGGUUUAUUUGCAUCGCCUUCACAACACACUUUUCACUCUAAAUCAAUAGUUAAUUAAAGUUAACAUUUGGAUAAAUUGAACAUUGAAUUGUUUAAUGCUUUUUCUUUAAACAUAUAUUGUUAGUAUUAUAUGUCAGCGUAAUUACGGCCUACGACUCAUUUGUGUGUAAAUUCGUUAUGCAUAUAAACUAGAUUCAGUAGCUGUUUAAAGCCAAUUAUUGUAUUUUUGGUAAUGGGCUUGAUAGAUUCAAUGUCGGAGAUUUGCCAAAGUGUCUGAUAAAGCUAUAAAAAAAACCCUAAAAUAUAAUUCUAAAACCAGGGAACAGUGAAAUUACACUGUUCCCUGCUAAAACAAAAUACCAAUAGAUUAUUUGUGAUUAAAUCUCAUGUUGUUAUCAUAGAUUAAUUAUGCUUUUGAAAUUUAAGUCUCGAAUCAAAAUAAAUGUAUAGAAAAAAAAAUUACAAUAUCUGUUUAUGAGUUUACAGUAUGUUAUUUUUAACGUAUCUACAUUUUUAGUUGAGAUUGAUUAUUUUUAAUAGUUGGUCAGAUGCCUCCUCUGUUACGCUUCAUUACUUAUCCCAUUAUGCCUCUAAAAGGUAACAUCCACCCAAUUUUUAAAUGAUCUGAUUUAAGUGUUUUCUAGAAGCUGAUUCAAUAUAUAGUGACAUAAAUAUCUUUAAUAUUCUGAUCCUCAAAUAUUCCAGAAACAUAAUGUUUGUAAAAAUCAUAUUUUUAUUGUGAUCAAUAUAAUGAGAUUCUUCGGCGAAACUCUUGCUUAUGGAUAUAUAUUUAAAAAUGAAAUUUGUCAAGUUUCAUAAAUCAAUUAAAAGUACACAGCAUUUUUCAAUAUUUGUUUACAUUUUAGUAAAAAUACCAACGUUUCUAAGUAAAUACGAGUUUUUAACCCAGUUUUCAUGAGAGGGACCAAUUUAGCCAGACUUUAAAAAUGGUCGGUUUAUAAUAAUCCAGGUUUGGCAAGUAAUAUUGCAUCAGAUAAUUAUCAUCUUCAAUCGAUAUAUAAAUUGAUCAACUUUACAUAUUCCUCUGUUCCCUCUGCUCCACUCUUGUUCAAAAUAAUACUAAAAAAAUGCAAAAAAUUUGUCUUUAACUGAACUCAAAACUUAAAAUGAAAGUAUACAACCGAAAACAUUAUCCUUACAUUUAAAUGAUUUGAGGUUGUGUGUUUAUUGAUUAUUACUCAUUUAUCCCGCGUAUGUGUAAGAAUAUGUUAAAAGGUGUGAAGAUUGGUUGAAUUCCCAUGUAGGAGACACCUAAUUUUCGAAUAUUAAUAAAAUUAGGCUAUCGUCAGCCAAUAUUGAGAUAAAUGUUAAAGCAUUACGUAAGUUACCAAAUUCUAAUGAGAAAUAGAUAAAAAGAAUCAUUUUCCAAAGAAUUUCUUAAAUUGGUGGUAUCAAAUUUAUAAAUCUAUGCGCACGGUUUUAAUAUUACUCACAAUUUAUGAACUUUGUAGUAAAAUGUCUGUAAAUCAUAUAAAAUUGUCUUAUUAGAAGUUGAAAACUUAUGUGAUCUUUAUUUUAAAAUAUGUAAUGAGUUUUUGUUGAUUUUAUAGUUGGCAGUGUGUCUAAAUAAAUAACAUAACAUAACAUGUUUUGUGUUCUGUGGUACCUACGGAAUGAAAAAAUACUAGAUUUAGGAUUAAUUGUAAUUCAGACGACCUACUUAAUUAUUCAUUAUAGGUUUAAUUCGGGCAUAAUUCACAAUAUUAAAUGCAAUAAUAAAUAAUGCUAAACAAGGUUAAUUUAAACGUAAUUGGUAUUUUUAUUAUCCUUGGUUAUUAUAAUGCCACAAUCAGUGGGAAAACGACUAGGUGAAAAAAAAAUCAAUUUUGGUACAAACUCAAAGGGUAUAGCUCACGUUUUUGUUGAAAUUAGACGAUUUUGUUUUGUGUUAUGUGGCACCCACGUAUUAUACUGGUAUUAUCCAUGUUUGCAAAUGCCACUUAAAACCUAGUUUUAAGCUUAAAUAAUGUUAAUUCAGGCGUAUCUAAUUAAAAGCAUUAUUAUUAUAUAUAUAAUAUACAUACUAUAU